ACCCCAGCAGACUUGUUUGCUCCCGCUUCUGCUCCUGUGUGAGAUUCCUGGUGUGGUACAGGGAGAAGUAGUCCAGUCCAGGCAUCUGUGGAUCAUCUUACACAUUCUUGCAAGCACAAGGAUUUCAACUGCUCUGACAGGCUGUGUGGACCAAACAUUCAUCUACAUCCAAACUGAUGACUGGUGGCUCUGUUUCUGUUCUUGUCCCUCUUACUGAAGUGGCUUCUUGGGUUUAGAGAGGACAUUCAAUUAGAUUUCCAGAAGCUGGAGCAAGGAAAUGGACUCAGUGGUAUUUGAAGAUGUGGCCAUGGGCUUUUCCCAGGAAGAAUGGGCUUUGUUGGAUUUUUCUCAGAGGAAACUCUACAAAGAUGUGAUGGUAGAAACCUUCAGGAACCUGGACUCAGUUUCUCAACAGGAUAAUAAUGGACAAAAGUUAUCCAUUGAACAUAUAUUAGUGCAAUUCAUGAUGAAUGACUCCUGGUCAUCCAUGGUGGGAGAAAUCUGUGAAUUCCAUGACAGUGAAAAUCAGCACAAAAAGCAGGAAAGGCAUUUGAGAAAAUAUAUGGUAGAGAGCCUCCGAGCAAGUAAAGAAGAUAAAGUAAAGAAAUAUAAAGAAGGUAAUCAGUGUGGUAAAACUUUCAGUCAGAUUGCAAAUCUUACUAGGCUCAAAAGAACUGCUGGAGUAAAUGCUUCUGAAUGUUCUGAGUGUGGAAAAGCCUUCAAGGAUCAUACAUUUAAGCAUCACAUCAGAUCUCAUGCUAGAUACAAACCUCAUCAUUGUAAGGAAUGUGAAGAAGCCUGCAGUUGGCCCUCUUUUGUAAAACCUUAUUCGAGAACACUUACUAGAGAGAAACUUUGUAAAUGUAAGAAUCGUGGGGAACCCUGUAGCUGUUCCUCAUCUCUAACUAAACAUAUAAGAACUCACAGUGGAGAGAGGCCUUAUGAAUGCAAGGAAUGUGGUAAAGCUUUCAGUCAGUCCUCAAACCUUACUACCCAUAUGCAAUCUCACAGUGGAGAGAGGCCUUAUGUAUGUAAGGAAUGUGGGAAAGCCUUUAGUUUUUCUUCAAGCCUCACUAUCCACAUAAGAACACACAGUAGAGAGAGGCCUUAUGAAUGUAAGGAAUGUGGGAAAGCCUUUAGUCAUUCUUCAAACCUCACUAGACACAUGAGGACUCACAGUGGAGAGAGGCCUUAUGAAUGUAAGGAAUGUGGGAAAGCAUUUAGUCGUUCCUCAUUCCUCUGUAACCAUAUAAAAACUCACAGUGGAGAGAGGCCUUAUGAAUGUAAGAAAUGUGGGAAAGCAUUUAGGCAGGCCUCAUCCCUCAUUCAGCAUAGAAGAACACACAGUGGAGAGAGGCCUUAUGACUGUAAGGAAUGUGGGAAAGCCUUUAGUAGGUACUCACACCUCACUCAACAUGAAAGAACACACAGCGGAGAAAAGUCUUAUGAAUGUAAGGAAUGUGGGAAAACAUUUAGUCAGGCCUCAUGCCUCACUCAGCAUAAAAGAACUCACAGUGGGGAGAGGCCUUAUGAAUGUAAGGAAUGUGGGAAAGCCUUUGGUUGUCUCCCACACCUCACUAGACAUAUGAGAACUCACAGUGGAGAGAGGCCUUACGUAUGUAACGAAUGUGGGAAAUCCUUUAGUCGGUCCUCAACCCUCUCUGAUCAUAGAAGAACUCACAGUGGAGAGAGGCCUUACGAAUGUAAGGAAUGUGGGAAAGCCUUUAGAUGUUUUUCACGCCUCACUGCACAUGUAAGAACUCACAGUGGAGAGAGGCCUUAUGAAUGUAAGCAAUGUGGGAAAGCCUUUAGUUUCUCACAGCUCACUAGGCAUAUGAGAACUCACAGUGGAGUGAGGCCUUAUGAAUGUAAGGAAUGUGGGAAAGCCUUUAGUCAAUCCUCAAUUCUCUCUGAUCAUAUAAGAACUCACAGUGGAGAGAGGCCUUAUGAAUGUAAGGAAUGUGGAAAAGCCUUUAGUCACUCCUCAUAAAAGCUCACACUAGAGAGAGACCUUAUGGAUGCAAGGAAUGAAAGAAACUCUUCAGUUCUGUCUCAGGCUUUUGAAGACAUGUGAGAAGCUUCACUUGAAAGAAUACAUGUGUAAGUAAUGUUGGAAAGCUGUAGAUAUCCCUCAUCUUUCUGAAAACCUGAAAGAAAAUACAUGCGAUAGAAACCGAGUAAUGUAAAAAAGUUUUAUGGUAAAGAUUUUGCUGUUCCCCUCGUACUAUCCAAGAUUGUGAGGAUUCUCACAUAUGGGGAAGCCUUCACUAGUUACGUCUACUAAUAUGUGAUAAGUCACACUUGAAGUAAAUUGUAUAUGUAAGGAAAAUAGAAACAUCUACGAGUUUUUGGAAUUCUUACAAAACGUAAUUUAUUACACUGUGGAUUGAGCCUAUGAAUGUAAAAAAAAACAAAGGAAACCUUGAUUGUCCCUUAUGAGACGUCACACACAGAGACUGUGUGAUUGAAAGCAAAGUACCCUUUCAGUUCUAGCACAUGGCUUUAAAUAAGUAUCAAAAUGUUAUUUUGUUUCUGUUUUAUUCAACUUUUCUUUAUUACCAAAUGUCAUAAACCUAUGGAUAUCUUGAAAUGUGUUUUCUGUUUAACAGGUAUACUUUUUUACAUUCUAAUACAGUAUGUACCCGUUAUAGAAAAUUUGAUUUUAACUGAAAAUCAUGAGGAAAACCUAUAAAUCAUUCAAUGUCCCACAAUUGUUUUGAGUAUUUUAGCCUUCUUUGUCUGGAAAGUAGCAGUUUCUUAAAGGUUCUGAUUAUUACUAUACAUAUAGUGUUGUACUGAACAUUUUUUGGCAUUGCUUUACUCAUUUAUUCUUUACAACUAUUAUAAUCUCUGUUUUGCUGAUAAAAAUGCCCCUUGCAAAUGGUGCUGUGAGAAGCAUCGUUUCCAUGGAAGGAGGGCUCAUCUUUGGGGUCCAUACAGACCCACAUCUUGACCUAGCAGCAAUAGAGCUUCAGUCUCUGACAGCCCUAGAACCUGUAUUUUAAGGCAGAGUCCUGCAUUUGGUAAUUCUGUAGUUUCAGGAGAGGGUGCUGGGCCAGGGGCUGAGGCUACCAUUGUUAGG